AUCUCUAGUAAUUUAAAUUUCAGACAAGAUGACCUGAAAAUGCCUGAUGAUAGGAAGAGAGAUGGAGGAGGAAGAGGAGGUUUGGAUCCUCCUCGACUACGUGUUGCAAACAGCGACAAUCCCCCUCGUCUACAGAGCCCAGACAGCGACCUAGAGCUGUCACUCGGACUCUGUCCUCCCUUGACAGCGGCGCUGUCGUGGGGUGAAACUCCGGCCCCGUAUGUGUCCACAGUUGAUGUUGAUGCAAUAAAGGUUUCUGGAGCCCCAAUACUUAGGGAGAUAAACGCCCCUCUCACAACCAUUGCGGAGAAUUGGGAAUCAAGUGUAGCAGUAACCAAUGACAGAACAGCAUCUAAACCGGAAACAGUCGAAGAUUCUUCUUCCGGUUCGGAGACGGAAGGAGUUUCCGGUUCCGAUUCGGACUCUGAAGAAACGUCCUCGUCCUCUUGUUCGUCAUUGGAGUCAGAUUCAUCCUCCGACAAUGAGGAAAAUAAAAAGGAUGACGAGGGAACAUUCCGUAUUGGGCAGUUGUCUGACACCAGACAGAGAAACCGUAGUGGCAGCGAUCCAGGUGCUCGUAAGCGUAUUCGGAGAAGAAGUGGGUUUCCCAGACAUGAUCAGAGUCCGAACCGGUCUCCAGGUAGUCCAGGACGAUCCCGACGACGGAGCGGGGUCGUGAAGGGUCUCCAAAGUCCUCUGCGUCGAGGAAUAUCUCCUCUAACACGAUCACACGAUGAACAUAACCCUGUCAUUAAUAAUCCUGAACCUGAUCCGCCCAGGUUUAAAUCAAUCAAGGGAGAAAUCCAUAAUAAAAUAUUUGGUAAGAUUGAACCUGAAAGCUCCAGGUUGAAUCCUACCUGUGAUACAAGUGAUAUUAAACUCAGGGAGAAAUCACUGAACCCGGAGUCGGAACCUAAACCCUCGGAGUCAUCGGACUCGGACGACUCUUGUAUAAUCCUUGAUAACGUGACUAAACCUCAACAUCUACUCCUCGAGCCGGAACCUUCAAUUUUCCUGGACGAACAAUAUACACAUAAAAAGGAUCUUAUUUACGCGGCCUAUGGUCGCUCACAGUCCCGGCAGCAGGAAAAUAAUGAUAAAAUAAACCCAGAGACAGGAAUUAAAGCCCCGGAUCUAAGUGAGUCUAGUGAGUCAAGCAGUGACAGUUUAUCCAGUUGUGAAACUUCACAGGACGAAGUACAAGAUGUUGAGAUGGAUUCCAUUCCUAACCUUCACGUGGAAAACUCAUCCUCAGAUGAAUUUUCAUCCCUACCUCCCACACUUGAACCCGCGAUGCCCAACUUAGCACUAACAGAUGCAAAUGAUAUUUCAAAGUCAAAUCUAAGUACAAAUGAGUUUGAUUCUAACUUCAGAGUAGAAUGUGCGUCUCAAACGGUAGAAUCAGGUUUCCCUUACAUUCCAGCCUCUGUUGAGGUUCCAGUCCAUAAGAUUGCUCCUCCUCCAGUUCUCCUCGGUAUUGAGACCCAAUCAAGAAACAUUAAUCGUGGAAGACCCAGGAAAAAUCCACCAAUGCUAAAACCUCAAAUUGUCACUAAUGAAUCUUCAGAAGAAGAGGAGGAGAAGGAUGUAGAAAAGGUUAAGUUAAAAAAGUUUCGAAAAAAGCUUCCAGCUCAUAGCAAAGAAUCUUCAGACAAUGAUCUUUCAAACGAAAAUGAGACCGAAACUGUGAAAAGGAUUCGGAAAAAAGAUAAACUCAGUGUUCUUGUCUCUCUUGCAAAACAUACAAAGAGAAAGGAGGCAAAGGAGCUCUCCCGUAGCCAUGAUGAUCUGCUUUCAAGAUAUUUGAACCAGGAACAUGAUUUAUCAGACUCUGAACUGUCUCAUGAAGAAAUAUCGGAGAAAAGAAAUAACCUCACGAAGAAAGUUCGCGAGCAUCGACGUGAUAAACACUCCAAAUCUAAAGUACAAAAGUCCCACAAGUACAAGGGUGAACGCCAUUCUAAAACAUUGAACGAAAGGAGAAAAAGCAAGAAACAAAAAAGAAAGCUUGAAAAUGAAAAUGAAUUUCGAUCCAUUUUCGACUUAGAGGACACUGUGAAAUCUAAGAGACACAAGGAUAGACGUGAACGUAAAAAGCCCCGAAAAGAUUCUUGUUAUGACUGUGAUGACUUUACUAAGAAAUCUAGGCGCCCUGCCUCCGCAGAGGAAACAUUUAAGUCGUCUAAAUAUCGUUCAUCUUUUCACAAACGAACCAAAAGAUCUGAAUCCAGGGACAUUUCGUCCAGUUUUUUCAACUCAAGAGAUGAAAAACGGUCUUCAUCCCAAAAUGACAUUUCAAAACGACCCUCGUCAAAGACUGAGACAAGACGGCCAAAAUCUAGGACAGAGGCAACAAGUCGCCCUUCAUCAAAGAACGAAACAAAAAAACGUCCUGUGUCGAGAACAGAAAUGACAAAACGUCCGUCAUCCCAAAUAGAAAUGAUGCAACAGUUCUCGGUGGAAAAAACAAAGCCCGCCUUUUUCUUAGACAAUCGGCAUUCAUCGUCCCUAACGGAUAUUGUACGAAGACCGAGCUCCAGUAGCGAAGUUGGAAAAAUUGAUUCAAAACAUUCCGAGAUUGUAAAUAGCCAAGAUAAAUUAAAUGAAUCUCAAGGAGUAGAAGAAUCUCGUCCUUUCUCUGGUGAAAGUCUAAGAACCCCGACAGAUGUAGUUGAGAACAAUUUCCUAAGUCUAUUCACUGGGAAGCCAGAUCAGGAAAUGAAAAAUCAUUUUCUAAAUUCUGAUUCUAACUCAGUUCUGCUCUUUCCCAAGAAAUUCUGCAGUAUGAAGCCCGACAGGUUCUGGAAGAAGUCUAGGCGGAAGGUGGUUGUGGAGGAGAAGGUUGAUCUUGAACCUACUCCGGGCACACCUGCAGUAGGGACUGGAACAGGAGCAGGAGGAACGGGUAAACCUGAUCCUAUUGGAUCGGUAUUUGCCACAAAAGCCUCAGUAAAGGAACUUCCCAGUUCUCAGUUUUCUCCUGGGAAUCAGGUUCAGCAGAUGCUCCAGGUCCUCGCAGCAACAGCAUCCAGCUCAACCAAACCCAAGAGAAAGAAGGAACGCCGGGCAGAAGAGAAGGAGAGGGGAGAUGGGGACAGGAUGGAGAAGGAUAGGAUGGAUAAGGAAUACGAGACAAUGUCCGAGGAUGAUGAAUCUCUAGGGAGCAGGAGACGGAGAAGAGGUUGGAAGAGCAAGCAUAAGAACGUUAUAGAUCCAGUAUUCCUGGGAGAACUGGAGCAUCUGAUGCAGGAUCUUGCUUCAUGUCAGCUGGAGCAGAAAAUAUCUUUAGAUCUCUGGCCGGACAGACCGUCUAACAGUAUGCCAUCUAUCUUUAAACGAAGAAAGAUUCUAGUCUCCAGGAGGAAGCGAGACCAAGGAAAGAUUGGAAAAAAGAUAAAAACCCCGCGAAACUCAAGUCACGAGAAGACUGGAGGCUCACGGGACCCUGAGCAGGAUGGAACUGACGAGCAGAGGUUGCCCUUGAAGAAGAGACAUCAUCAUCUCCAGGGUGCUGGGGCUCAGAAGGAGGUGGAUGAGAUAGAGAUUGAAAUUGAAAUCGGAACCAUUUCUCCAACAAGUUCUCCGGAGAAACCUUCUUCUAAUUCGCGUGUUGCUGGUGUAGAGAAUCUUGAACAGGUCUUCAGGUCGGAGCAGAGAUCUCCCGCUAGAACGAGAGCUGAGAACUCCUCUCCACGGUUGAAAUCUAAACCCGGAGAUUUUCUCUCCCCUAGUAAACUUCCUGCUGGACAGAAACCAACUGAAAACAUUUCCGAACUAAGCAGUUCCUGCAGAAAACUAACGGUAGCAGAUCGUAUGCUGGAGAAAUUAGGAAUGCAAGUUAAGAAAGGAGUUCAGUCCUCUACAGAGAUAUGUUCAACCCCUGAGAAGAGAAAACCUGAAGUAUCCUGGCCAGUUUUUACUGUUGAGGACGAGAAACUUAGUCCUGCGCCCAAGAAAGAAGAAUGGAAAGAGAAAGAAAAGAUAGAAGAAAAGAUGGAAAAGAAAAGUGACCAGCAAUGUUCAAAAGAUCAUAAUUCAAGAACCUUAAGCUUCCGGGAUUCCUUCUCAAAUGGAAAGAAGGACGGAUUUGAAGAAAUUCAUAGUCAUAGAUUCAAUCCAGGUCAAGAAGCAAACCCUGGAACUAGAACUAAAUCUUCAGAUAGAAGAAUAAACUCCCCUCGAAGCAAAAGCCAGCACUCCAGGUGUGAAACCCAAGAGGAACGAAGAUCAAGAGAUCAUAAGACCAGUCAGGACGGAACAAAGAGCAAAAUUUCCGAAUCCCGGAGCAAUUCGAGUAGGUCAGCGGACAGAAGAAGAGGUUCUCCGGAUCUUAUACGGAAUAAGAACAAGGUUGUAUCCUGGGACAAAUGGAAACAUCAAGAGAGAACUACAGAACCCUCAGGAUCUACCUUUGUCGACAACAUCAAGAACUGUAUUGAUAAAUACACCUUUGUGGACGAGGAUGAAGAAUCACCGUUUGCCCGGCUGCCUCGUCGUUAUUUGGGCUCAGCUCCUGGUCAGCGUAAACCUGGAACCAAACAGCUUCCAUCCCCAUCUGGAGAGAGCAAAUCGGUUUCGAUUUUCUCUUCUCCUGAACCUGAAUCUCGUCAUGAACUCAACACUUCAGGACGGGAAUCAAGUCUUAGCCAUACAUCCAAUUCCUCCGAAUCCUUAUCUUCUCAUCCUGAACCAACAGAAGGUCCGGCAUAUCUGAAUAAGCCGGGCUCUUACCUUGGCCGGGCCUCUAGGCAAGAUCUACACAAUCAUUUGUGGAGAGAAGAGAAAUACAAGCAUAAUAAAUCUCACGGGAUACAAUCUGACGGUGCAAACAUUCCAAACCAAUCCAAUCUGUACCCGACCAUAUCCAACCAAUCUUCGAAACAUACAACAGAUAUUAAACUUCAAAUGUCUAAACCUCUUCCUACAGAACCAAUACGUCGAGUAGAUCUAGGUUUUAGUCACAAGCCCCUAGAUAAGUCUAUGAGGUUUCAUAGGGGUCAAGAAUGUUACAUCAAGAAGGUACCGCAAGCUAUUGUUGCUCCUUUCCGUAGAAAUCCACCUGAAACUCCGGCAAACACAGUGACACCAAUUCAUAGGGCAAGUAUAGCUACUGCAGGAAUAUCUUUUCCAGUCCCAACCUCUUUAUCCAGUACAGCAAGCUCAACAAAUACAGAACCCACCCCUUUACUUGAACCAAUUCUAGAGAAUGAGAUAAGAAAAGAGAAUGAAAAAUCAGACAAACCCGGUGAAUCGAAGGCCAGUUUACAUGUUGAACCUACCAAUCAUGUACCAGAAAACACAGAUAUACAUAUUACUGAAGAUUCUAAUUUGCAAGUGUCAGAAGAACCUGAGACGGAGGAGAAUUCUGUAAAAACGGCUCAGGUUUCUUUUCCCAAGACGAGGUCUAGAGAUGUGAAGUCAAAUCUGGACACUGAACCUACUGGUAAGGGCUACCUAAAGACCAGUGCGGUGGAGCGGAUGACGAAAUGUCAGGUUGAGGUUUGUAGGCUUAAAGAAGAAGAUAAAUCUGAGCAAAAUACCAGUGAGUCAAUUAAAGAAGAAAAGAAGAGGACUGUAGACAUAAAAAAUAAAGAAAAGAAAGCACUCGAUAAUUCUUCCAAAGAAGAUUCUAUUCCAAGAGAAGGUUCACGGAGAGAAAAAAGAGUAAAGGAAAUCCAAUCUAAAAAUCUUGAAACAUCAACGCAAGAAAAGAAAUUCUCUGAAAUACCAGCAGUGGAUCUACAGAAUCAGGAGGAGAAUGGAAAACUAGAAAUUUCUGUAAAAGACAAAAAAGAAAAGUUGAUUAAAAAUAGAAGAGAGAGCAGAGGUAUUUCUUCAAAAGAACAAAGAGAACAAAGUGAAAAUGUAAAAGAAUUUUGUCUGAGAGAAAGAAAGACCACAGAGGCAGAAAAUAUUGAGCAUUCUGGGGUAGAGAGAAGAUCAGUAGAUAAGAGAAAGGGAGAAUCUUCACCUGAAGUAAAAACACCUGUACCUGAGAAAAUUGAAGAACCUUUCAGAAGAAAAAGAAAUAGUUCUGAACCUUCCAAAAAGGCAGACAAUGAAAAACCUCAAAGAGACCAAAGAUCUGUGGAAAACCAGCAGAAAGAUUUAAAAAUUCAUAAAAGAAGAACAACUAACGCUCUGGUUAAAGAUGAACUUUCCCAUAGAGAACGAAGGUCAAUUUCCCUCAAAGAUAAUAGUGCAUCUCAUCUACCCAGAGAAAGGAGAACAAUGCAGCCUUCCAUAAAAGACGAGAAAGAAAAGCUGGCUCAAGUCGUGGAACACAAAUUAGAAAAGGACAAUGCUGAAAGUAAAGAAGUUUCUGGGGAAGUUGUUAAAAAACAAGUUUUACAUAGAGAAGGAAAAGAUAGCCCCGAGGUUCUAGAAAAUAAAAUAGAAUUAAAAGAUAGGUUAGGGGAGAACCCACCAACACAGAGUAAGAAAAGGAAAAGACGUCCUAAUAAAACUGGAUUCCCUACAAAAACCAAGAAGAAGAAACCAAGAUUGGAAACAAUUGCAGAUAAAAUAACAAAGUCCACGGAGGACUCUAAACCCGAAAAAAUUGUCACCCCUGUAACCCCCGAGGUUGUUGCAAAUGUAAUAUCAAUGGAUAGAAAUGAAAAUACUGAGAGCCCUGAAAUAGAACAGUUUCAAAACAGAGAAAAGCAAUUACAAGUAUCAAGGUUCGAGGAGCAAAUGGAGUCCUCGCUGUGCAGAGAACUGGAGAAUAAAUUAGAAACAAAACUUAAGAGAAACUUUGAAACUAGUAACCCGAGUAAGGACAGAUCAAUAAAGCGAUUAAAACUUAGCAAGAAGCCCUGUUCAAACUCUGUAGUCCCGAGCACAUCCAGUUCGGUCAACCCUUCUCCAUACAGCAGCGAUGUAGAGUCAACUGACUCAAGGUUAAACUGGGAGGAUGAAAGUGACCAAGAUCUAUUGAGUGUUCUUCCUCCUUCUGAUGAGUCUUUUAGCUCUCCUAAUCCAGAGCGGAAAAAGAAGAAGAAAAAAGGAAAUAUAAGGAAGACCUAUCUCAAGGCUGGAUUAUUUUCUUAUGAUUAUAAAUCUGUUGUUAAUCAAAACUCAGAGUCUGAAGUUGGAAGCAAGUUGAAAGGAAUGAUUUAUAAACCUGAAGAACAUCCUUUCAGCUUACUUCCGCCCCCUUACUACUGUGGAAGACAGCUGAGACAGAAAAAAGAAGAUUUUACUCUUCCCUUUGAUAUUUGGAGUUUAUAUUCAUCUAAAGCUAUUCCAACCAGAGAUGUUUUGGCAACCUGGAACUAUAAACGGAUAAAAAACAACAUUUAUUACGAUGUGAAACCUGGCGUAAAUUAUGAAUCUCCUGUGUGUCACUGUAAAUUCCCUUCGGAUCCAAUUUCUCUGGGUUGCACUGACGACUGUAUCAACAGAAUGACGUACACAGAAUGUGAUCCCGCUUUCUGUAACCUAGGUGAUCGUUGUUCCAACCUAGCCAUCCAGAAGCAUUUAUCACCAGCUGUUGUAGAGAGGUUUAUGACAGAAGAGAAGGGUUGGGGAAUUCAAACAAAAACUGGAAUUCCAGCAGGAACCUUCAUCAUGGAAUACCUGGGAGAGGUGGUUACGGAUAAGGAGUUCAAACGGAGAAUGCACACUGAUUAUCAGAAGGAUUCCCACCAUUACUGCUUACACCUUGGAGAAGGUCUGGUAAUAGAUGGUCAUAGAAUGGGUGGAGAAUGCAGAUUUGUAAACCAUAGUUGUAAACCCAAUUGUGAGAUGCAGAAAUGGUUUGUGAAUGGGGUUUACAGAAUGGGACUUUUCUCUUUAAAACAACUUCAACCAGAUGAGGAAUUGACUUAUGAUUACAACUUCUCCCUCUUCAACCCACAUGAAGGACAGACAUGUCGGUGCGGUAUGCCGGAGUGUAGAGGAGUUAUCGGAGGAAAAAGUCAGAGAGUCAAAGUUAUUCCUAAACUCUCAACUCAGAAGAUGUUGAAAAAGGACGAGAAAAAGAAGGAUACGGAUAAAAUUGAGAGAAUUUCCAAACCUGUUAGGGUUGAACGACCAGAAAAGGAAAUGGGGACUGGAGAGGAGGAGUUAAUGAAAUCUAGUAUCCCUGUUUUAAUCCCGGUGAAGGAGAUGGAUGGUGGAGAAAGGGAGUUCUGUCGGGUUCACAGUGUUCUACUCCCCAGGAAUCUGGAGAAAAUUAGAAAGUUGAGAGAGAGAUAUCUCAGCAAGGUCAAUCAUUCUCAAUCUCAUUCCACUUCACAAUACAAGGAUUCUAAUAUUAGGCCAGAAAUAGGCCAGAGCUCUCAGCUCAGGUCUGAGCAAACCAGAAGGAAUAUCUCAGGUUCCAACAUUUCUGAUCCGUCUAAACUAUCACAACUGGCAACUUGCUUUGCAAAUAUUCUUUCAAGUUUGCAGAGUUUGGUGGAUAAAGACGGAGAAAAUAUCAUUAAAUUCUUCAGGAAUUUGCCAUCAAAGGAACAAAUGCCUGAGUAUUAUCUCACUGUAAGCGAACCUAUUGAUAUUUCCUCUAUUGAGAAAACUCUCAACUUCAAACUUUACUCCUCAGUUUCUCAAUUCAACCAUGAUAUGUUGCUGCUCUUUCAAAACAACUUCCGAUUCUAUGGAAAUACACAUCCAGUCGGGAAAGCUGCACUGACUCUGAGAUCUAAGUACCUGAACCUGUGUGGUGAACUUUAUAGGAGUUUAUCUGAAUCUGUCGGCUCUGAGGGAACCGAAUAUUCUGGAAAAGCAGACUCAGGUGUCCCUGAAGAUGAGAUAGGAUGUCCCUGCAAACAGUACAAAGAUGAAGGAGUAAUGAUCCAAUGCGAAAGUUGUAGUGUGUGGCAACAUUUAGACUGUGUUCGACCAGGCGUGAACCCUGAUACAUUAGACAAAUACAAUUGUGAUCUUUGUACUGGAGUUAAACCUAAUCUUGAUAUACCUCUUGUUCCUCAACCUGAGUAUGACCCCGGAGAGGUUUAUUAUGUAUCCCUUCAGAGAGAAGACAACUUGCAGGUUACUCUAGGGAUGACGGUUUUUGUCCUGCGCGCCUUCAAGGAUAAGAACACUCUUGCAGUUGGAGAAAGUGCGGUUGUAACUGACGAGAAGAUAUUUACCGGACCUGGGGGAGUACCCCACAAAUCCAUCAGUCCCAUCAAGGGCCCUUCAAAAGAGGCGGCCUCUCUAGCCCCUGGCAGCUAUCCAACCUACAGAACUGUCGGAGUAAAUGCGUCUACUCAGGAUAUGGAUAUAUUUAGAGUAGAACGUCUCUGGAAAAAUAAAUCUGGGGCAAUGUUUGCCUUUGGGUACCAUUAUCUCAGGCCUCAUGAGACAUUUCACGAACCAACCCGUCGUUUCUUUGAUAACGAGGUGUUCAGGGUUCCAUUGUAUGAAGUGCUACCCCUGGACACUAUAUGGAGAGAAUGUUGGGUAAUGGAUCCGAUCAGCUUCUGUCGAGGUCGACCGCUAGCUGCCCAGGAGGAGCAUGUUUAUAUCUGCGAGUACAGAGUGGAUAAAACAGCCCGGUUGUUCAACAAGAUCUCUAAACCUAAGCAUGGUGUUUGCACUAAAUACUUUGCGUUCCACAACUUUGAUCUACGAUUGAGGAUUAGCAGAACAUUUACACCCCACGAUGUACCUGAGAAAUGGGCAAAGAAUACUGGAAAAAGUCGAGAUUUUUCAGCAGAGAAAGAACCAAAGAAAAAGAACAAAGAGGAGGGAAAGAAAAGAAAAACAAACAAGAUUGAAAAGGAGAGAAGGAAAGGUUCUCUAUCCCAGCUCCUGGUGAACCUACUCACCAACCAGGCCGAUACAAACCCGACAGAUGCUUCCUACCUGCUCCGGAGAUUGGAGAGUAAACCUGAGCCUGAACCUGAACCUGAACCUGAACCUGAACCCGAACCUGAGGAGAACGGAAUGAUGCAUGGGAGAAGGCGGGCGAGGGAUGAACUCGUGGAUAAACAAGAGGAGAGAGGGAAAGGGAUGAGGAGUAAAGGUCGGAAAAGUCCUAACCCUGAUUCAAAAGAGAAGAAAACUAAACCCGAGAGAACCAGUUUAAUCCUGGUCAACCUUCGAGAUGAGACCAGGCUAGACGAAGGUUCUUUGGAAGAAUUGGAAGUAUUGAAAUAAUAUUUUUAACCUAAAAUCUACAAAAUUCAAUCUCUUAAAUAGAUGUUAUCUAUUCCAUAUGCUAAAGAUAAAUCUAUUCAUUUGUAUAUAUUUUACAUUAAUUCAUUUAUUUGCCUCGUUUGCCUUAUUUUACAUUAUUUGAGAAUUUUUUACAAAUUGUUCCUUUUUUGGAAUUGUUUCUAUCUGUGAUUAUAAUCCCAUGAUUGUACUUAAUUUGAUGAAUUGUUUAUUACUGGCCUAGUUUUACACAUAUACAAGGUUGUGUUGUCGCCUAGCGAUACUUUUAGAUCUGUUUUCGUUUUACCCACAUGUACUUUAUUUGUACCCAAACUUGCCUUUUUUUCAACUAUCUAAAUAUUAUAUAUGUUUGUAUAUUCAAGAUUUUAUCAACUCUUUGUUUUAUUACCUUCUACACAAUUUAAUGUUUUUGGUUUUGGCAGCUGAAAAAUUAUUUUUUGUCAAGUUGUUAGAUUUGAGUUGAAAACUUUGCAACGUUUUAGCAUUUUCUGCGAGUUCAUAUUUUAUUCAAACUUGACUUCAAUCUUAGAUUUCAUUUUCCUAUUGAACUGUUUCAUGUCGUAAGAUGGUAUUUUAUGAAGGUUUUUACAGAGCUCCACUGUCAAAUCUCUUCAGAGAAAACCUACUUUGAAAGGUUUUUAUUGUUUUUUUCUCGUUCAGGAUUUGGAGCGGAGAUAUAAACAUUUUUAUUCUUUAAAAACAAAAGUUGGCUUUUAACGGUUUUAAUGCUAAACAAAAUUCAAGAAAAUGUACUCUAACCUGCAUAAUAUUUCAAGGGUUUUAGUACUUGUAUAAUGGAAAUAUUUAGUUGUAAAGAAACAUGCUAUCAUUCAAUGCAAACCUUUGUUUGGGUUCAUAUUGAUAAAAUUGAAUUUUAUAUUUAUGAUCCUAGCACAAGUCCCAGUCUCCCCAGUGUCGUUUAUUGUUAUGUUUUAAAUAAUUAUUGGUUCAGAGCUAUGAGCAAGAGAAUUGGGGUUUUUGACAUUCUCAUUUUAAUAUAUCAUAAAACUCAAGUGAAAAUUGUUUGUUUUUUUCUGGUAUGAUUUUUAUAUCCAACACCCAACUCCGAUUAAGACCUUGAGAAUAUAAAACCCCAAGGUUGUUGCUUGCCGCUACUACUAGUACUUAAAUCUAGUUCUCCUCCCAGUAUCUGACUCUUUACGUCAAAAAACUAAAAUAACCAUAUUGUAAAAAUUUAGAGUUUUAAGUAAUAUAUAAUUGUAAAAACUA